AUGCAGUUCUUCACUCUCCCCCUCCUCGCUGCCCUGGCCACUGCCAGCCCCAUCAUGAUGCGCCGUUCCGUCGACAUCACCACCAGCAACACCAACACCAGCAUCUGGCCCGUCUCCAACUUUGACGUGGGCUGCUCCCCGGCUGCAUGCGAGUACAACUUUGUCGUGACACGCCCCGCCGGCCCCAACAACCCUGGCUUCAACACUACCUGCACGGGCAACGAUCUGGACAAGGAAUACCAGGCGUGUGCCGACAAGUCGGUGACGGCCAAGAUGAUCCCACGCGAGUAUCCCGUGUGGGAGAUUGAUGUCAAGCACAGCUUUGAGAAUAACAACAAGGCUGCCGUCAAUGCCUUUGCCAAUGGCACGACUGCGGAUUCAUCGACGUUUACUGUCACUGUUUACAAGACGGAUGCUUAA